GCGGAAGCAGGGUGUUGAUCCCGCCCACCGGUCGGAAGCGCAGCAUGGAGCUGUAGACGUGCUGGUUUCGCCUGCUGGUUUCGCCUGUGACGGUGAGGAGACUCAAACAUGGCAGCCCUAGAAGAAAGCUUCCCCCGAGGGGGUUCAAGGAAAACCCACAAAUCAGAGAAAUCUUCCCAGCAGCCAGUUGAACAUGACAACUUAUUUGAUGUUUCCCCAGAAGAAAAAUCCAACAAAAGGAAAAAUAGCCAGAAAGGGCCAGCAAAAACAAAAAAAUUGAAAAUCGAAAAAAGAGAAACCAAGUCUGUGAAAGAGAAGUUUGAAAUCCUUAGUGUUAAGUCUCUGUGUGAGGGAAUGCGGAUUUUGGGUUGUGUGAAAGAGGUAAAUGAUCUGGAACUGGUGAUCAGUCUCCCCAAUGGCCUCCAAGGGUUUGUGCAAGUGACUGAAAUCUGUGAUGCCUACACCCAAAAGCUGAAUGAGCAGGUGGCACAAGAAGACCCUCUGAAGGACCUACUCCGCUUACCUGAACUUUUCUCACCUGGAAUGUUGGUGAGAUGCGUGGUGAGCAGCCUGGGCAUCACAGAGAGUGGCAAAAAGAAUGUCAAGCUAUCUGUGAAUCCCAAACAUGUCAAUAAAGUGCUGGAUGCUGAGGCGCUGAAGCCUGGCAUGCUGCUGACAGGCACUGUGUCAAGCCUGGAAGAUCAUGGCUUCCUAGUGGACAUUGGUGUUAGUGGGACCAGAGCUUUUCUGCCACUGCAGAAGGCCCAAGAGUACAUCCGACAGAAGAACAAAGGUGCUAAACUGAAAGUCGGCCAGUACCUGACCUGUCUGAUUGAAGAGGUGAAAAGCAAUGGAGGAGUUGUGGUUCUAUCUGUAGGGCAGUCAGAAAUUUCUUCUGCCUUUGCAACUGAGGAGCAAAGCUGGAACCUGAAUAACUUACUACCGGGACUGGUAAUCAAAGCCCAGGUGCAGAAGGUGACUCCAUUUGGACUCACGCUAAACUUCCUUACAUUCUUUACGGGCCUGGUUGACUUUAUGCACCUGGAUCCCAAGAAAAUCGGGACAUAUUCUUCAAAGCAAACAGUGAGGGCCUGUGUUCUCUGCAUCCACCCUAGAACCAGAGUUGUGCGCUUGAGCCUGCGUCCUGUCUUCCUGCAGCCUGGGCGCCCGCUCACCCGGUUCUCUUACCAGCGCCUAGGGGCUGUGCUGGACAACGUUCCUGUCCAGGGAUUUUUCAACAAGGCUGGGGCCACCUUCAGGCUGAAGGAUGGGGUGUUGGCCUAUGCCAGGCUCAGCCAUCUCUCAGAUUCUAAGAAAAGCUGCAGUGCUGACGCUUUCAAGCCAGGGAGCACUCAUAAGUGUAGAAUUAUUGACUACAGCCAAAUGGAUGAGCUGGCCUUGCUCUCUCUGCGGAAAUCAGUUAUUGAAGCUCAGUUCCUUAGAUAUCAUGACAUCAAAAUAGGAGCAGUGGUGAAGGGCACAGUGCUGACCAUAAAACCAUUUGGAAUGCUUGUAAAGGUGGGUGAGCAGAUGAGAGGCCUCAUACCUCCCAUGCACCUGGCUGACAUCCUGAUGAAGAAUCCAGAGAAGAAGUACCACAUUGGGGACGAGGUCAAGUGCCGGGUUUUGCUUUGUGACCCUGAAGCCAAGAAGCUGGUAAUGACUCUGAAGAAAACCCUGGUCACGUCCAAACUACCUGCCAUUACCUGCUAUGAGGAUGCCAAGCCUGGCCUGCAGACACAUGGUGUUAUCUUCAGGGUCAAGGAAUAUGGUUGCAUUGUAAAGUUCUACAGUGAUGUGCAGGGACUGGUGCCCAAGCAUGAACUCAGUGCCCAGUAUAUCCCUGACCCAGAGAAGGUCUUUUAUCCUGGCCAGGUAGUGAAGGUGGCAGUGCUGAACUGUGAGCCUUCCAAAGAGAGGAUGCUCCUAUCCUUCAAGCUGUUGAGUGAUCCAGAGACAAAGAAUGAGAGUGCCAGUAAUGGACAGAAGAAAGGAAGAGCUGUAAACAUUGGGCAGUUGGUGGAUGUGAAGGUUUUAGAGAAGACUAAAGAUGGGCUAGAGGUGGCCAUCCUACCCCACAACAUCCCUGCUUUCCUCCCGAUACCUCAUUUGUCAGACCACGUCGCCAAUGGCCCACUGUUGCAUCACUGGCUCCAAGCAGGUGAUACCCUUCACCGAGUUCUGUGUCUGAGCCGGAGUGAGAAACAUGUUCUUCUUUGUAGGAAGCCAGCUUUGGUCUCCACAGUAGAAGGUGGCCAGGACCCCAAGAGCUUCUCAGAAAUCCAGCCUGGAAUGCUGCUCAUUGGUUUUGUGAAGAGCGUCAAAGACUAUGGUGUAUUUGUCCAGUUCCCCUCAGGUCUUAGUGGACUGGCCCCCAAAACUAUCAUGAGUGACAAGUUUGUGACCACUCCAAGUGACCACUUUGUUGAGGGUCAGACGGUAGUUGCAAAGGUGACCAAUGUGGAUGAGGAGAAGCAACGGAUGCUGUUGUCGCUGCGGCUGUCAGACUGUAGUCUGGGGGAAUCAGCCAGCACCAGUCUCCUCCUCCUGAGCCAGUGCCUGGAGGAGCUGCAGGGUGUGCGCAGUCUCAUGAGCAACCAAGACUCAGUUUUGUUCCAGACGCUUGCUGAGAUGACCCCAGGAAUGGUUCUUGACCUCAUGGUGCAGGAGGUAUUGGAAGAUGGUUCUCUGGUGUUCAGUGGGGGCCCAGUGCCGGACCUGAUGGUGAGAGCCAGCAGAUACCAUCAGGCAGGCCAGGAGGUGGAAUGUGGGCAGAAGAGGAAGGUUGUGAUCCUAAAUGUGGAUAUGUUGAAGUUAGAGGUACAUGUCUCCCUUCGCCAGGACUUGGUGAAUAGGAAAACUAGAAAGCUGAAGAAAGGUAGUGAGCACCAGGCCAUCGUGCAACACCUGGAGAAGUCCUUUGCUGUGGCCUCGUUGGUGGAGACUGGUCACCUGGUAGCUUUUUCCCUGACCUCUCACCUCAACGAUACCUUCCGCUUUGACUCUGAGAAGCUGUAUGUGGGACAGGGUGUUUAUCUUACCCUCAAGACCACAGAACCAGGAGUGACUGGACUUCUUUUGGCUGUGGAGGGCUCAGCUGCUAAGAGGACUAGGAGACAUGCUCGGAGGGAUUCUGAGACUGUUGAUGACAAUGAGGAGGAAGAGGAUCCAGCUUUGGCUGUGGGGUCCAAAAAGAAGCACACCCUGGCUAUUGGGGACAAAGUCACUGGGACCAUCAAGUCUGUGAAGGCCACCCAUGUCGUUGUGACUCUGGAAGAUGGCAUCAUUGGUUGUAUCCAUGCCUCCCGAAUUCUAGAUGAUGUUCCACUGGGCAUCUCUCCUACUGCCACACUGAAAGUUGGGAAGACAGUCACUGCCCGAGUGAUUGGUGGGCGAGAUGUGAAGACAUCCAAGUUUCUCCCAGUAAGUCACCCCCGGUUUGUUCAGACCAUCCUGGAGCUGAGUGUUCGGCCAAAUGAGCUGGAGAAGGAUGACCACAGUGCUCUGAACACUUGUUCUGAGAGCCCUGUUGAGAAGAUUAAGCAGUACCAUGUUGGACAGACUGUGACUUGCUUCUUAAAGAGAUACAAUGUAGUGAAGAAAUGGCUUGAAGUGGACAUUGCACCAGACAUCCGAGGGAGAAUUCCCUUAUUGCUCUCUUCUCUCAGCUUCAAGGUUCUGAAGCACCCAGAUAAGAAGUUCCAGAUUGGGCAGGCCUUGAGGGCCACUGUGGUUGGCCCAGAUUCCUGCAAGGCUUUCUUGUGUCUCUCACUCAUAGGUCCUUACAAGCUUGAGCCAGGAGAUGUGGCCAUGGGCCGAGUGGUGAAGGUGAUACCCAAUGAGGGGCUGACUAUCUCCUUCCCCUUUGGGAAGUUAGGAAAAGUCAGUAUAUUUCACGUCAGUGACUCCUACACUGAGACACCCCUAGAGGAUUUCAUUCCCCAGAAGGUUGUCAGAUGUUAUGUACUGUCCACAGCAGACCAUAUGUUGGUCUUAUCACUACGAUCAUCCAGGACAAACCCAGAGACAAAAAGCAGAAUAAGAGAUCCAGAGGUUAACUGCAUCCAGGACGUUAAGGAAGGGCAGCUCCUGAGGGGCUAUGUGAAGUCUGUCCAGCAGAAUGGUGUGCUCGUGGGCCUUGGGCCUUCAGUUGUGGGUUUGGCCCAGCACUCACAUGUCUCCCAGUGCAGCCCACCCAAGAAAGAACUUUUUAACAAAUAUCUCCCUGAGGGUAAACUGAUCACCACCAAGAUCCUAAGUGUGAACCACCAAAAGAACCUGGUAGAGCUGUCAUUCCUCCCCUGCGACACUGGGAAGCCGGAUGUAUUUUCUGCCUCCCCAGAACUGCCACUUUUGAAGCAAGAGGAGAGGAGACCAGAGGCCAAGGGGAAGGACCUAAAAGAGAAGAAAAAGAGUCAGAAAAGGAAAGAGAAAAACCAAAAGGGACAGGAGGAACUACAGCUCUCCAGUCAGGAGAAGAAAGAACCUCAGAAGCCACAAGGGAAGAGACAGGGCAAGCGGGAGCGCCAGGAGUCUGGAAGUGAACAGGAAAGAAUGAACAAGAAGCCAAAGAAGGCUGGGGCACCAGAGGAGGACGACAGUGGUGUGGAAGUGUACUACCGGGAGGGAGAAGAGGAGAUGGAGGAGCUGAAGGUGCUACCCAAGGGAGGGCAGAUGAAGCCCACAGAGGUGCCCCGGCUACAGCUAUCUUCAGGCUUCACUUGGGAUGUGGGGCUUGACUCUUUGACUCCAGCCUUGCCCACUCGAGGAGAGAGUUCAGAUAGCGAGGAGGAUGAGAAGCCACGCCAAGCUACGAAAAAGAAAAGCAAAAAGGAAAGAGAAUUGGAGAAGCAAAAAGCAGAGAAAGAGCUAUCCCGCAUUGAGGAAGCACUCAUGGACCCUGGGCGACAGCCAGAGUCAGCAGAUGACUUUGACCGGCUGGUGCUGAGCUCCCCCAACAGCUCCAUCCUGUGGCUGCAGUACAUGGCUUUCCACCUGCAGGCCACUGAGAUUGAGAAGGCCCGGGCUGUGGCUGAGAGGGCCCUGAAGACCAUCUCGUUCAGAGAGGAGCAGGAAAAGCUGAAUGUUUGGGUGGCACUGCUGAACCUGGAAAACAUGUAUGGCUCCCAGGAGUCCCUCACUAAGGUUUUUGAGCAGGCUGUGCAGUACAACGAGCCUCUCAAGGUUUUCCUGCACCUGGCUGACAUCUACACCAAGUCUGAGAAGUUCAAGGAAGCUGGUGAGCUGUAUAACCGGAUGCUGAAGCGUUUCCGGCAGGAGAAAGCUGUUUGGAUCAAAUAUGGUGCCUUUGUUUUGGGGAGGAGCCAGGCUGGGGCCAGUCACCGAGUGCUGCAGCGAGCCCUGGAGUGCCUGCCUACUAAAGAGCAUGUGGAUGUGAUUGCCAAGUUCGCCCAGCUGGAGUUUAAGCUGGGGGAUGCAGAACGGGCCAAAGCCAUUUUUGAAAACAUGCUGAGCACCUACCCCAAACGUACAGACGUCUGGUCGGUCUACAUCGACAUGACCAUCAAGCAUGGCAGCCAGAAAGAAGUCAGGGGCAUCUUUGAGCGGGUCAUUCAUCUGAGCCUGGCCCCUAAGAGAAUGAAGUUCUUCUUCAAGCGCUAUCUGGACUAUGAGAAGCAACACGGCACUGAGCAGGACGUGCAGGCGGUCAAGGCAAAAGCCCUGGAGUAUGUUGAGGCCAAGAGCUCAGUGCUGGAGGACUAGUGGCUACUGGCUCCACCAGAUACUGCAGCAGACACCUGGACACUUACAAAGUUGUUGCCUGAGACUGUUUAAAUGCUGCCUUUUCUACAGCAUGCUUGGGGCAAUCCUGUCAGGAUGAAAAAGAACUGGAGAUGUUUCCCUUCUUAAAUUUAUUUUUUUAAUUCUUUGAGAUAAGCUCUCACUAUGUAGUCCUGGUUGGUGUGGAACUCCCAGAACUCCACCUGCCUCUGUCUCUUGAAUGGUGGGAUUAAAGGAGUGGUGGGGUUAAAGGGAUGUGCCACCAAGCCAACUUCUUUGUUUUUGUUUUGUUUUUUACUUUAGGGUGCUAGAGACUGAACCAAGGGCUAAACAGAUGUUCUUCCACUGAGUUCUAUUCCCAGCCCUUGAGUUUUAAGGCCUCUUUACUUGUUUUAUAUUACAGAUUACAUCAUCUUUUUCCUUUCCUGGGGCAGCUCAAGUGUUUUCAGGCAGCAGGUUCCUGGACUUCCAGAAAAAACAAAUAUUCCUUCUUCAGGGAGUUCCUAAGGACUAAGAG